ACAAACCGAACAUAAUCAGGCUGCCAGACAGCUGCAAAAUGGCAGCUCCAUUAAUGUCAAAGGAAGUUCGAGUCUAAUGUUAAUCCGAAAUGUCCAGUUAAUUCUAUGUUAUAUACAGCGCGAAAAUGGAAAAAAUCAAAUACUUGUAUUGUACUUCAGCCAGGAACAAGCAGACGGCUGUCUGUUCCUUCAUCAACUUCAACUUCAACGCGCCCUGGACGAGGUUGUACGCAGCUACGACGAGGACCUGGACAUCCCGGACGUCAAGCAGAUGGGUUGGGUGUGGAAUGCCACCGAAGUCACUCACGCAGUUCUAAAACCCUCAAGAGGAGCUCAGAGCGAUCGAUGGAUGGAUGGACGGCGAAUGGGGCAGGACAACACAACAGAAGCAUUCUAAUCCAUAGAUUCUAAUUAUUAGGGAAGGGGCAGUUGCAGAGCAAAGCAGGUAGAGCCAGUGGAAAAUUGCAUAUCAGGGUCUUCAUAUACUGGAAUUUAAUCUCCAUACAAGAAUGAAAAGCCCGAAAUAAUCUCAGCCGACUCGAAUCUGUUGACCAUUUUUUUUGCUGUUGGAAAUUUUUGCGGGCAGUGUUUUUGCCCAAAAAGAGCCCAGCUUUAAUGGACUGAAACCAUUAAACUAGAC